AUGCGUCGGAGAGGCCAAGUCGUGCCCUUGUCGCAGGACGAGUGGGUCAAGUCGCUUCAAGAGCAGGUCGCGGCGCAGCAGGCGGCCAAGCCACGCGGCCGUCGCCGCCCCGACGACGACGACAACGCGACGCCUACGCCGAUUGAGGACGCUCCGACGACCGUGGUCGCACCGACGGGCGGCCGACGCCGACUCACGCAGCAGCUGACGCAAGAAGACUAUGUGCGGUCGCUCCAAGAGCAAAUUCGCCUCAAGCAACAACGUGAGGCCGACGAAAAGACCGCAGCGAUGACCGAGCCGCCCGCCGUCGUUGAAGCCAAGGCGCCGCAGCUGUCACGGGACGAGUGGCUUGCGUCGAUCCAGCAACAACAGCAGCAGCAACAAGCCCCCAAAGUGGACGAGCCGCCCAAGCGCGGUCGCAUGACCCGCGAAGAGUACAUUCGGUCGCUGGAAGCCCAGAUCGACCAAGCUGCCGAACAGCCUGUCGCGCCCGUUCCAGUCCCGAUACCAGUGCCAGAACCAGAAACCAUCCCAGAACCAGAAACCAUCCCAGAAUCAAGCCCAGACAAACCGAGCGAGCCUAUCGUUGAGGAGCCUAUCGUUGAAGAGCCUGUGGUCGUGAUCAUGUCACCAAGCAUGGACGAUCAUGCGUGCGCGAGCGAUCCUGAAGAGCAACGCACAUCGCCGCCACCAACGUCUGCAGUAAAAGCAAAGGCGUCCAAGCUGGUCAAGCCAAAACAAAAGGUCCCCGCUGCCAAGAAGGGAUCGAAGAAGGCGCCGUCAUCGGCCAAGGAAUUGCUGCCAGCAAAAGCCAAAACCCAUCGACCGCAGCCAUCGUCACCGCCUAAAGAGAAAAAGGUCGGCGAGAGAGCGUCCCCCGUCGCUGCCGUCAUGGACGCGUACAAGGAAAUCCAAGCGCAGAACGUAGCGAUGAAAGCGCAGUUGGAAGAGCAGCGGCAAUUGCUCCAAGUCAUCCGCGAGAGCAUCUCGGCACCACCACCUGCCUCCACGCGGCGCCUCCUACCCCCCGGCACAAUAGCAAAAGCAGCUCGCGGUCGGUCCAAGAUACCGACACGAAGUACAUCUCAGUCGGCAACGCCACUACCAAAGCCCGCACUCUGCAUUCAAGACGACACGACCCUGCCAAAGGCAGAGAAACAUCAUCGCGUCAUCCCGACGAGCUUUCCUGUGCCAACACGGCUGCCUAGUCCUAUGCCAACACGGCUGCCUAGUCCGUGCCUGGCGCGGCCGUCUCUUUUGGCUUCGCUCGAGCCACUUCCAAGCCCGAGCCACGCCAUGUUGCGCCCCACAACUACGCCUCCCCGUUCGAAUGGACGUCGCCGAUGUCGAACGCCGCAGCCCCUUGAGACGGUGGACACGGAGCUCCCUUGUGGAAGCUUGCUCGAGCCGCUCGAGAAGGAGCUGUGCAGCGACAGCGCGACGCUC